GGAGCCCGCGCGCAUGCGCCGUGACGGAUGCUGUUUGUAGGCAGGGAGCCAGCGUGAUAAACGACUGGGUCUGGAUGCUGCAGCCGGCAGAAGGGCCGACGCCCCGCUUCGUGCUUGUGUGCUCGCGGCGUGUGGUUCCUGAGUUUCGUGUGCGUUUUGGACGGGACGCGCUUCUUGUUGGGUUGCGAAGAAUAUCAACGAAGACAUUGCGAAGGCCAGACCUGUGUCGAUGCGAUGGGUCUGUCGAGGGAGUGACGUUUACAUGUUCGGUCGAGACAUGUUGUUCAACUUUGGGAUCUUCCUCGUCAUCGUCGGACUCCACCCGUGCCGGCCCCUGGACGACUUCUACUUCAGCGUCCAGCCGGAGGACGCCACCGCGGUGGCGGGUCAGAACGUCACGCUGCAAUGCCGCUCCAGCCGCGAAGCCUCGCUCCGCUACUACUGGCAACAGAACGGACGGGCGUUCCGGAACACCUCACGGCGGCACCAAGUCGGAUCGUCCCUCGUCUUCACCCGCGUGGACCCGGAGAAGGACGGGGGGCACUUCACGUGCAUCGCGGAGAACACGACCACGGGGUUCUCCCUCACCUCCAGGGGCGCCACCAUCGACAUCAAAUGUCAGUCCUUUCGGCGUUCGAAUGGGGCGUCGAUCUGCAUCGGCACUUAG